GUCUGCUGCUCUCCCACAAAACCCAUCUCUCCAUUUUCUGUUUUUUCGUUGAAUUUCAUCUCUCAAGACAAGGAAUGGAUUGUGUGAGCCCAAUCUUGGAUGUUGUCACUCGCGUAUGGAACUGCACAGCCAAGCAUGCAGUCUACAUCAGGGAUCUGCAGGAAAAUAUGGACUCGUUAAGAAACGCAAUGCAGGAGCUGAAGAACGCAUACCAGGAUGUGAAGGGAAGAGUUGAACUUGAAGAGCAACGGCAAAUGAAGCGCACAAAUGAAGUGAACGGCUGGCUCCAUAGCGUCCUAGCAAUGGAACUAGAAGUCAACGAGAUCCUGGAGAAAGGCGAUCAGGAAAUCCAGAAGAAAUGCCCUGGAACUUGUUGCACCAGAAACUGCCGGUCCAGCUACAAGCUUGGGAAGAAAGCGAGUAAAAAGCUGGGUGCUGUGACUGAAUUAAGGAACAAGGGACGCUUUGAUGUUGUGGCUGAUAGGUUACCUCAAGCUCCGGUGGAUGAGAGGCCGAUGGAGAAGACUGUGGGCUUAGAUCUGAUGUUUACAGAGGUUUGCAGAUGCAUCCAAGAUGAGGAGCUGGGAAUUAUUGGGUUGUACGGUAUGGGGGUGCCGGGAAAACUACCCUCAUGACCAAAGUGAAUAAUGAGUUCAUCAGAGCGAGCAAGAUCUUUGAAAUCGCCAUUUGGGUAGUAGUAUCCAGGCCAGCAAGUGUGGAAAAAGUACAAGUCAUUCGCAACAAGUUAGACAUUCCUGAAGACAGAUGGAGAAACAGAACCGAGGAUGAAAAGGCAGUAGCAAUUUUCAAUGUCUUGAAGGCAAAAAGGUUAGUGAUGCUGCUAGAUGAUGUAUGGGAGCGGCUUCAUCUCCAAAAAGUUGGGGUUCCUUCUCCUAAUUCCCAAAACAAGUCUAAAGUAAUAUUAACAACCCGUUCUCUGGAUGUUUGUCGGGCUAUGGAGGCUCAAAAAAGCCUCAAGGUGGAGUGUUUGACAGAAGAUGAGGCUAUUAAUUUGUUCAAGAAGAAGGUUGGAGAGACUACUCUAAAUUCACAUUCGGAUAUACCCCAACUUGCUGAAAUUGCUGCUAAAGAAUGCCAAGGCUUACCACUUGCAAUCGUCACUAUUGGGAGAGCUAUGGCUGACAAGAAGACUCCACAAGAAUGGGAGCGAGCAAUACAAAUGUUGAGGACUUACCCAUCAAAGUUUUCAGGUAUGGGAGAUCAUGUAUUUCCGGUCCUCAAAUUCAGUUAUGAUAACUUGACAAAUGACACCAUCAAGACUUGUUUUUUACAUCUUGCUAUAUUCCCAGAGGACCAUCAAAUUUUGAAUCAGGAUCUUAUAUUCCUUUGGAUUGGAGAAGGGUUUUUGGAUGGAUUUGCUAGCAUAGAUGAAGCAUUUAACCAAGGGCACCACAUCAUUGAGCAUCUAAAGACAGUAUGUCUAUUCGAGAAUGAUGGAUUUGAUAGGGUUAAAAUGCAUGAUGUCAUUCGUGAUAUGGCUUUAUGGUGCUCUGUCUUUCCAAAAGUUGUUAAACUCCCAAAAAUUACUGAAUGCUAUGAGAGAUUUAGAACUUUGGAACUUGGAAGGUAUGAGCAUACUCCAAUUGCCAAGAAUCAAACAUCUGCGUAG